AUGCAGAAAACAGCCAAAUAGUCAUAAAAAUUCAUGUUCGUGUAUGUCUAUGAUUCUUAGAAAUGUUGAUUUCCAAAAAUAUUUGCAACAUCUCGAGGAAUGUUAUAAACACAUUCAGAAACAAAUCCCAUUUGGAAGAAUUAAGAGAACGUAUCGUGAAAGGUCCGAGUCUUCAAGAGUUCCUUCAAAAUUCUAAUCCCCCACUAGAAGAAAAUAUAGAUUGGCAAAACUAUGAUGGGAAGUUGAAGAGAGAUAAAGGGGAAGAUCAACGUCUCAGGUUGCCCCCAUGGCUAAAGACAAAAAUACCCACUGGAAAGAACUUCUCUAAACUAAAAGAACAAUUGCGAGAUUUGAAUCUUCAUACUGUCUGUGAAGAAGCGAGAUGCCCAAAUAUAGGGGAGUGCUGGGGCGGAGGAGAACAUAAAACAACUACAGCAACCAUAAUGCUUCUUGGAGAUACUUGCACUAGGGGUUGUCGUUUUUGCUCUGUGAAAACAUCCAGGGCACCACCAGCACCGGACCCUAACGAACCAAUUAAUACUGCAACUGCUAUAGCAUCUUGGGGCCUAGAUUAUAUUGUUCUCACAUCUGUAGAUAGAGACGAUCUACAGGAUGGCGGUUCUAAUCAUUUUGCUGAAACUGUAAGGGAGAUAAAAAAGCGGAACAAAGCAAUACUUAUAGAAUGUUUAGUUCCUGAUUUUCGAGGUGACCUUGAUUGUGUGAAGACAAUAGUUGAAUCUCAACUGGAUGUCUAUGCUCACAAUAUUGAGACUGUCGAGCGAUUGACUCCUUUUGUGAGAGACAGAAGAGCUAAAUACAGGCAGUCCUUAUCCACUUUAAAAGCAGCUAAAAGUUUCAACUCCGAACUCAUAACCAAGUCCUCGAUAAUGUUGGGUCUCGGUGAAUCUGAUAAAGAAGUAGAGCAGACCUUAGUUGAUCUCAAAGAAGCACAGGUGGAUUGUGUGACUUUGGGGCAGUACAUGCAACCAACUAAACGUCACUUAAAAGUUGUGGAAUAUGUUACUCCGGAAAAAUAUAAGCAAUGGGAAGAAUUAGGGAGUGAAAUGGGAUUUUUGUAUGUAGCAAGUGGACCCCUAGUGAGGAGUUCUUAUAAGGCUGGCGAAUUCUUCAUUUCAAGUAUUUUGAAAAAUAGAAAAAUCGAUAAAGAAGUGCAAUAAGUCUUGUUGAUUAUGUUUUUAAUGUUGGGAAAGUAAAUAUAUUUUACUAUUUUUA